AUGGCGACCGCCACUUUCUCGAACGCCUGGUCCAAGUAUGCUGAUCUCCGGCUUACACAACAACGCCUCUCUACGCGCAAUCCUCUUCUGCAUUCCACUGCUGGACAGCCUGAGGGAUCUGUGCGUGGGUCUAAGUCGACGCGUCAGACGCCCGGCAAGGUCGAAAGUGAGACUGAAACCGGGGCAGAAGAGGAUAGGAGCUAUGAAUUAGAGGAGGAAAGAGAGGAGGCAGAGGCGGAGGAUGAGGAUGAGGAAAAAGAAGAGAACGAGGAGGAGGAGAGGGUAGAGGACGAGGCGAGAUUCCAUACCGGCUCAAGUCGACCGCUUGCUUUACCGAGACCGAUUCAGCUGAAGCCUCAACUUGUUCCUAGGGCUCCAGGCGAACCCAAUACGAGAGUGCUCGUCUCCAGUUCGAGUUUGAUGGUGAGCGGUAGACUGGAUGGCCCCAGUUCUUAUGUUAACGAUGAUACUUAA